ACUGAAGAAGAUUUGAUGUCCAAACCCUGGGAGAGUGGAAAUGCAAAUGCAUCGGAUGUUACACCACAAGAGUGCUUCUUUGAGAUCGAAGAUGAUAAUGGAACUAAAGUUCUUGCAAGCCCAGUUGCAGCCAAGAAGACUAAAAGCAGCUCAGGUAAAAGAGAAAUCCAUGAGUUUUUGGAAAAACAUGAAAUGUAUUCAUUGGAACGGCUUGAUGAGAGGACCAAAUUUUUGAAGAUUAGAUCUAAAAUCUUCAACGAGAGAAAAACAACAAGACUUAGGACAUUUAAAAAAUUAAAUGAAAUGAAAUCAAUGAAAAAGCAAACAUGAAUCUCAUCAUUUUACAUAUAAUGUAACUGUAAUGUAACAACAAGACGUAGGGCAUGUAUGAUAAUUUAUUUUUAGCUCACCGAGACGAAGUUCGGGGGAACUUAUGCUAUACUGCUGGCGUUGGCGUCUGGACCCGGUAAAAGUUUUUGUUGCAGGUCCUUUAUCUUAGUUAUUUCUUGUCCUAUCUUCACCAAACUUGCAUGGAUGAUGCAUCUGGACCUUUUUAUGAACUUGAAAAACUUGGAUGCUGAAUCUGGGCAAUGAAUUUUAGAUGCUGGAGGUUAAUGUUUUUGGAACAGGUUAAAGUUUUUGGUGCAGGUGGCCUUUGAUAGCAAUUUCUAAAUUACUACUGAUCCAAACUUGCAUGGAUGAUGCAUCUUAAGAUACUGAUGCACCUGAAAGGCUUGUAUGCUGAAUCUUAGCCAUAGGUUUCGGAUGCUUGAUGAGGUUAUGUUUUUUGGAACAGGUCAUAUAUUAAAUUUAUUUAGUACUAUUUCAAACUUGCAUAGUUGAUUUAACUAUAAUAUAAAUGAAUUGCAAAGGUAGCUUCAGAUGCAGAGCCUGAUCUUCAUAAUCAAGGAUGCUAAAAAUAUAUCUUAGUAAUGACUGGUCCUAACUUAACCAAACUUGAAUUGAUGAUGCGUCUUAUGAUACUGAUGCAUCUGGCAGGCUUGAAUGCCGAAUCUGAGUCAUAGGUUUUGGAUGCUGGAUGAGGUUUAGUUAUUUUGGAACAGGUCACAUGAUUUAUAGACAAUAGCUUGCAUAGUUAAUUUAACUACCGUAUAAUAUAAAUGAAUCAUAGAGGUUGCUUCAGUUUCAGAUCCUGAUCUG